UAGACUUGUUUCUUAUAUGUGAUGCCAUUCCAGUGCUGGACUCAUGGAGGCUGAACAUUUAUUCAGAUUAAGUGCUUGGGCUUCCUGCUCCUUUUUAUGCAACUCCAUUUUAAUACCACUGAUCUCUGGAGGGCUGCCUGCAAAGGAGUCCAUAGAGUCUACUGUAUUCUAUUGAAGAAGAUGUCUAAUAGUAACACUACUCAAGAGACCCUGGAAAUAAUGAAAGAAUCAGAAAAAAAACUGGUAGAAGAAUCUGUAAGCAAAAACAAGUUUAUAUCUAAGACUCCAAGUAAAGAAGAAAUUGACAAAGAGAGUGAAGAUACCAGUUUGCGUCAGGAGACACAGGAUUAUGAGUUCCUUUUUGACAAGAGGCGGACAUCCAACCAUGGUCAUGCCAGGAAAAGAGCCAAGUCUAAUUCCAAGCUCAAGUUGGUACGCAGUCUGGCAGUGUGUGAGGAGUCUUCUGCCCCAUUUGCUGAUGGGUCACUAGAAACCCAGGAUAUAAUUCAAUUGCACAUCAGCUGCCCCUCUGACAAAGAGGAAGAAAAGUCCACAAAGGAUGUUUCUGAAAAGGAAGACAAGGACAAAAACAAAGAAAAGGUGCCAAGGAAGAUGCUCUCUAGAGACUCCAGCCAAGAAUAUACGGACUCCACUGGAAUAGACCUACAUGAAUUUCUUGUAAACACACUGAAAAAGAACCCAAGGGACAGAAUGAUGCUGCUAAAAUUAGAACAGGAGAUUCUGGAAUUUAUUAAUGACAACAAUAACCAGUUCAAGAAGUUCCCUCAGAUGACCUCAUAUCACCGGAUGCUAUUACACCGGGUAGCUGCCUAUUUUGGGAUGGACCACAAUGUUGAUCAAACUGGAAAAGCUGUCAUUAUCAACAAAACCAGUAACACAAGAAUCCCUGAACAGAGGUUCUCAGAACAUAUAAAGGAUGAGAAAAAUACAGAAUUUCAACAGAGAUUCAUUCUCAAGAGAGAUGAUGCCAGUAUGGACCGAGAUGAUAACCAGAUCAGAGUUCCAUUGCAGGAUGGAAGGAGGAGCAAGUCACUAAAAGAGAGAGAGGAGGAAUAUCAAAGGGUCCGAGAGAGAAUAUUUGCCCGAGAGACUGGCCAGAACGGAUAUCUAAAUGACAUCAGACUCUCCAAAGAAGCCUUUUCUUCUAGCUCUCACAAGAGAAGGCAGAUUUUUAGGGGGAACCGUGAGGGGCUAAGCCGCACCUCGAGCAGCCGCCAGAGCAGCACAGACAGCGAACUCAAAUCCCUGGAGCCACGGCCUUGGAGCAGCACGGACUCUGAUGGCUCUGUUCGAAGCAUGCGACCCCCUGUCACCAAAGCCAGCAGUUUCAGCGGAAUCUCUAUCCUCACCCGGGGUGACAGCAUUGGGAACAGUAAAGCUGGCAGUGCAGGAAGGAUCUCCAGGCCAGGUAUGGCUCUAGGUGCCCCAGAAGUGUGCAACCAGGUCACCUCAUCCCAGUCUGUCCGGAGCCUUCUCCCUUGUACUGCCCAGCAACAGCAGCAGCAGCAGCAGCAACUUCCUGCUCUUCCACCCACGUCUCAGCAACAGCCACCCUUGAAUAAUCACAUGAUCUCACAGCCUGUCCCAGCUCUGCAGCCCUCUCCGCAGCCUGUUCAGUUCUCUCCAGGCUCCUGUCCCCAAGUCCUUCUGCCAGUCUCUCCACCCCAGCAGUACAACAUGGCAGAUGACCUCAGCAACCCCUUUGGACAGAUGAGCCUUAACCGCCAAGGUUCUACUGAAGCAGCUGACCCAUCCGCAGCUCUGUUCCAGCCCCCACUUAUCUCCCAGCACCCUCAGCAGACUAGCUUCAUCAUGGCUUCCACAGGACAGCCCCUCCCCGCUUCCAACUAUUCCACCUCUAGCCAUGCAACACCUACUCAGCAAGUCCUGCCACCCCAGGGCUAUAUGCAGCCUCCUCAGCAAAUCCAGGUUUCUUACUAUCCCCCUGGACAGUAUCCUAACUCCAACCAGCAAUAUCGACCUCUCUCUCACCCGGUGGCCUACAGCCCCCAACGUGGUCAACAGUUGCCUCAGCCAUCCCAACAGCCUGGUUUACAGCCCAUGAUGCCUAACCAGCAGCAGGCGGCUUACCAAGGCAUGAUAGGGGUCCAGCAGCCACAGAACCAGGGCCUGCUCAGCAGCCAGAGGAGUGGCAUGGGGGGCCAGAUGCAAGGCCUGGUGGUUCAGUAUACUCCACUGCCUUCUUACCAAGUUCCAGUGGGUAAUGACUCGCAAAAUGUGGUCCAGCCGCCUUUCCAGCAACCCAUGCUGGUCCCUGCAAGCCAAUCUGUGCAAGGGGGUCUCCCGGCGGGAGGGGUGCCAGUGUACUACAGCAUGAUCCCUGCAGGUCAGCAGAACGGUACGAGCCCUUCUGUGGGAUUUCUGCAGCCUCCUGGCUCUGAGCAGUACCAGAUGCCUCAGUCUCCCUCUCCCUGCAGCCCACCACAGAUGCCACAGCAGUUCUCAGGAGUGUCACCUUCUGGACCAGGUGUGGUGGUCAUGCAGCUGAAUGUCCCUAAUGGACCCCAGUCUCCCCAGAACCCAUCCAUGGUCCAGUGGAGUCACUGUAAAUACUACAGCAUGGACCAGCGGGGGCAGAAACCUGGAGACCUCUACAACCCUGACAGUAGCCCGCAGGCCAACACACAAAUGAAUAGCAGCCCCGUCACAUCUCCUACCCAGUCUCCAGCACCCUCUCCUGUCACCAGCCUCAGCAGUGUCUGCACAGGACUCAGUCCGCUUCCCGUCCUUACACAGUUCCCCCGGCCCGGGGGUCCAGCACAGGGUGAUGGGCGCUACUCCCUCUUGGGCCAGCCAUUACAGUACAAUCUGUCCAUCUGCCCUCCUUUGCUCCAUGGCCAGUCGACUUACACAGUGCACCAGGGACAGAGUGGAUUGAAGCAUGGAAACCGGAGUAAGAGACAAGCACUCAAAUCUGCCUCCACUGACCUGGGGAUGACAGAUGUCGUCCUGGGGCGGGUGCUGGAGGUGACAGAUCUUCCUGAGGGCAUCACUCGUACGGAGGCAGACAAACUCUUCACUCAGCUCGCCAUGUCCGGCGCCAAGAUCCAGUGGCUCAAGGAUGCUCAGGGGCUGCCUGCCGGGGGCGGGGAGGACAGUAAUGAGACUGCUGAGAAUGGUCGCCAUGCAGACCUUGCUGCCUUGUACACCAUCGUGGCUGUGUUUCCCAGCCCCCUGGCUGCCCAAAAUGCCUCCCUUCGCCUCAACAACUCCGUGAGUCGCUUCAAACUUCGAGUGGCCAAAAAGAACUAUGACCUGAGGAUCCUGGAGCGAGCCAGCUCCCAGUAAAUAUGAGGGGAAGGGACUCGCACAGCAGGGGUGGGGCAAGGCGGAUAACUCCCUGGCAGACCAUGGACAGAGGGAGAAAGGAAGGCGACAGACACUGAACUGGAGCCUAAGACAGUAGGGAUGAAGGUAGAAACAGACACUGGCGCUGGUCUCUUCACUCCCUCCAUGGGC